AAUAUUGAUAACUUUAAUCAACAAAAAUUAUGGAUAGCAAAUAUUGAACAAUGGUUACAUUUAUGGAUGUCACCCGAAUUAUUACGUACAUCAUCAUCAUCAUCAUCAUAUUCAAAUAAUUUAAUUACAAAGAAAAAUGACGUCUAUAGUUUUGCAAUGAUUAUAUAUGAGAUAACAAGUCAACGAAUACCAUAUAGUGAUUAUAUUAAUAGUAAUAAUAAUGAAGAUGAUUUAGAAAUUAUAUUAAAUUUAAUUAAAUAUGGUAUAGUUUAUUUAAAUAAUAAACCAAAUAUGAUACCUGAACAAUUACGUAAUGAAUCAAUACCAUUACGACCAAAAUUAUGUUCACAUUUAAUGACUAAACAAAAAUAUCAAUAUUUAGCAAAAUUAAUUGAUUAUUGUAGUGAUGAAGAUCCCGUACAACGACCUGAUUUUGAAAUGAUUGAUAAUUAUUUUCAAAAUACAUUUAAAAAUGUUAGACAGAAUACAUUCGAAACAUUGAUUAAUAAAUUGAAUAAAUAUCGUUAUAUUAUUGAUGAUCGUGUUCAAAAACGUACAGAAAUAUUAAUGGCUGAAAAUAAAAAAUCUAAUGAUCUUUUAUAUCGAAUGUUUCCAAAAUCGAUUGUAAAAUCAUUGAAAAAUGAUGAAUAUGUUAAACCGGAAAAAUAUGAUAAUGUUACCAUAUUGUUUAGCGAUAUUGUUGGCUUUACAACUAUUGCUUCCUAUUCAGAGCCACUUGAAAUAAUGGCCAUUUUAAAUAAUUUAUUUGUUAUAUUUGAUAAAAUUGUUAACAAAUAUGAUGUUUAUAAAGUGGAAACAAUUGGUGAUGCUUAUUUGGCUGUUUCUGGACUUCCGAAUCGUAAUACAAAUCAUGCUGAACAAAUAGCAUUAUUAGCAUUAGAAUUUAUUGAUUGGACAACACAUUUUAAGAUUGAACAUAUGCCUAACAUACCGUUAAGAAUACGUGUGGGAAUACAUACGGGAAGCGUUAUAGCUGGUGUUGUUGGCCUAAAUAAUCCUCGUUAUUGUUUAUUUGGUGAUUCCGUCAAUGUAGCGUCACGAUUAGAAUCAACCGGAUUGCCAAAUUCAAUACAUUUAAGUCAUUCGACAAAAAAAUGGCUUAAUCGAAACAAUAGUUUUAUAAUUAAAUAUCGUGGUAGUAUUUCGCUAAAAGGACGAGGCCAAUUUGCAACAUAUUGGUUACUUGGUUAUAAAAAUAGUGAAAAUGAUAAAAUGCUAAAAAUUCCAAUCGAAUCCGAUAAUAGUAACCAUGGAAUUUCCGAUGAAACAGAUUUUGAAUCUAUUGGAUUAAAUAAACAAAAACUUUGAAUCAAGAUUAUAAUAGAAUACCAUUUUUAUUUAUUAUUAAAAACAUUA